UUGGACCCUUUCGCGGCACCGGAGAUGUUCUCCCUGAAUUCAUGUAGAAGAGAUAGGACAAUGCAAGUAGAUUCAAGGGAUUUGUUGAAGGAAUUUCCCCAGCCUAAAAAUCUGCUCAACAGUGUUAUCGGAAGAGCCCUUGGAAUCUCUCACGCCAGAGACAAGCUGGUGUACAUCCAUACCAAUGGGCCACGGAAAAAGAAGGUCACGCUGCUCAUCAAGUGGCCAAAGAAUGUGGAAGUGGAAGGGUACGGGACCAAGAAGAUCGAUGCUGAGCGCCAGGCUGCCGCCGCCGCUUGCCAGCUCUUCAAGGGUUGGGGCCUGCUGGGCCCCCGGAACGAGCUCUUUGAUGCCGCCAAGUACCGCAUCCUGGCCGAGCAGCUGGGCUGCCCCGACGAGCGGUGGUGCUCUGAGAGCCGCUGGCGCUCCAAGUCUGGCCCGUCGCUGGCCGACCUCUCGACUUGCUGGCGACGGAUGGAGCCCGACGAGCCCGUCCAGCCCCUGGAGCAGCACAACCGGCUGCCGAAACCCAUCCGGAAGGAGGAGCUGGAGGAGGGCGAGCUGGAAGAAGGGGAGCUGGAGGAGGGCGAGCUGGAGGAAGAGACCAUUGACGUUUCGAACUACCUGUCUCUGACGCACCCGGAGGCUCGGACCCCUCCCCGGGACAUGAGGGAUGGCUUCUCUCUUGAAAUGACAGAUGACAGCACGGCCCUCCGGGCGCUGACUCAGUUUCCUCUGCCCAAAAACCUCCUAGCCCAGGUGAUCCAGAUUGCCACGUCUUCCUCAACGGUCAAGGAGUACAUGCAGUUCCGAACAGUGGGCACCAAGACCAAGAUCUGCAAGCUGUCGCUACGCUGGCCCUGCCCCAUGACCUUCGCAGCCAAGGGCCGCCGCAAGGUGGAGGCGGAGAACAAAGCCGCCGCCCUGGCCUGCCAGAAGCUGAAGAGCCUGGGCUUGGUGGACAAGAACAAUAACCCCCUGAGCCACGCCAUGUACAACAUGACCUCCCUUCGCGAACUGGGCGAGAACCAGCGGAAGCCGUGGCACAUUAAAGUCCCCGAGACGACCCUGCGCAAGAUCGAGAACUACCUGAAUCACUAUCCUUUGGAUGCUCACGAAUCUCGGCCGCGGCUUGCCGAAGACAUGAUGAACUUGAGCAAGGAGUCUGGCACCCUCAGCGAUGCCAUCACGGGCAAAACCUACAUCCCCUUGUCUGAGCUGGAGGAGGCGCGCCUCAGCCAGAACCUGCUGGCGGUUUGGAAGAGGAGGGGCAGUUCCUGGCAAGAGAGCCACCCACUGCCGGUGGAUUCCCACAAAGAAGCCAUCCUCUCGGCCAUGGAGCAGAACCCGGUGGUGGUGAUCGCCGGAGACACGGGCUGCGGGAAGACCACCCGCAUCCCCCAGUUGAUGCUGGAGCACUACAUCCUGGAAGGGCGCGGGGCCCAGUGCAACAUGGUCAUCACCCAGCCUCGGCGGAUCAGCGCCAUCUCGGUGGCCCAGCGGGUGGCUCAGGAGCUGGGCCCCAACAUGAGGAAGAACGUGGGCUACCAGGUGCGGCUGGAGAGCAAGCCCCCGGCCCGGGGAGGGGCCCUCCUCUUCUGCACGGUGGGCAUCCUUCUCCGGAAGCUGCAGGGCAACCCCCACCUGGAAGGGGUGAGUCACGUCAUCGUGGACGAGGUGCACGAGCGGGAUGUCAACACCGACUUCCUCCUCAUCCUGCUGAAGGGCAUCCAGAAGCAGAACCCCCACAUCCGGCUGGUGCUGAUGAGCGCCACGGGGGACAACAAGCGCUUCGCCCAGUACUUUGGGGACUGCCCGGUGGUCAAGGUCCCGGGCUUCAUGUAUCCCGUGAAGGAGUACUACCUGGAGGAGAUCAUGGCCAUGCUCGGGCGCGGCCGGAAUUGGCAAUAUGAGACCAAGCAAUCAGACGAGGAGUGUGUCCUUGACCUUGAGCUGAUCACGGACCUCAUCCUUCAGAUUGAUGCCCAAGGAGAGCCAGGUGGCCUCCUGUGCUUCCUUCCCGGCUGGCAGGAGAUCAAGGGAGUGCAGCAGCGCCUCUUGGAGAUGCUUGGAUCUCACAACAGCCGCUACCUCGUCUUACCAGUUCAUUCCAACAUCCCCAUGAUGGAUCAGCAGAGCAUCUUCCAACGUCCCCCUCCAGGCGUGAGGAAGAUCGUCCUGGCCACCAACAUUGCCGAGACCUCCAUCACCAUCAACGACAUUGUCCACGUGGUGGACAGCGGGACCCACAAGGAGGAACGCUACGAUCUCAAGACCAAGGUCUCCUGCCUGGAGACGGUGUGGGUGUCCAAGUCGAACGUCGUCCAGAGGCGAGGACGCGCCGGGCGCUGCCAGUCGGGCUUUGCCUACCACCUCUUCUCUCGCAGCCGCCUGGACCGGAUGCCCACCUUCCAGGUGCCCGAGAUCCUCCGUACACCCCUGGAGAACCUGGUGGUUCAGGCCAAGAUCCACAUGCCGGAGAAAACGGCGGUGGAAUUCCUCUCCAAAGCCCUGGACAGUCCCGACAUCAAAGCUGUGGAUGAGGCCGUGAUCCUGCUGCAGGAGAUUGGUGUGCUGGACCACCGGGAGGCCUUGACCACUUUGGGCAAGCGCCUGGCUCAAAUCUCCACCGACCCCCGGCUGGCCAAGGCCAUUGUGCUGGCCUCCAUCUACCGCUGCAUCCACCCGCUCCUGGUCAUCGUUUCCUGCCUGACGCGGGACCCCUUCAGCAGCAGCCUGCAGAACCGCACCGAGGUGGACAAAGCCAAGGCCGUUCUGAGCCGAGAGAGCGGCAGCGACCACUUGGCCUUCGUGCGGGCAGUGGCGGGCUGGGAGGAAGUCCUCCGGCGCAGGGACAGCCGCGCCCGGGACAACUACCUGCAGGACUAUCUCCUCUACGCGCCCAGCCUCCGCUUUAUCAACGGCCUCGUGAAGCAGUUCUCGGAAAAUCUUUACGAAGCCUACCUGGUGCCGACGCCCAUGGACUGCCUCCUGCCCUCCUCGGCCUGCAACCAGUACAGUGAGGAAGAGGAGCUGGUGAAGGGCGUCCUGAUGGCGGGCCUCUACCCCAAUCUCAUCCAGGUGAGGCAAGGCAAGGUGACCCGGCAGGGGAAGUUCAAGCCCAACAGCUACACCUACCGGACCAAGGCUGGAACGGUUCUCCUGCACAAGUCGACGAUCAACCGGGAAGCGUCGAAGCUGUACAGCCGCUGGUUGACCUACUUCAUGGCGGUCAAGUCCAAUGGAGGGGUCUUUGUGCGCGAUUCCUCGCAGGUGCACCCUUUGGCCGUGUUGCUCAUGACGGAUACGGACAUCCACGUGCGGGAUGACGGCUGGCGGGCCACGGUCUCCCUGGUGGACAGUGACCUCCUGGUGCUGGAAGGAGACUCGUACACCAUCCGGCUCUUGCGCGACUUCCGGGUGGCCCUCUCCAGGAUGGUGGAGACCUGCCUUUGCUACGAGAUGGCGGCCAUUCCGGGCGACCUCCACCACCAGCACAGCCAGCUCCUGGACAUCCUGGUGGACCUACUCAAGGGGCCGACAGGCAGCUUUGGAACCUAGAUCUCUUUGGGCAGCUGUCGCUGCCGCCGCCGCCGCCACCGCCACCACAGAGAAGGAGAAGCUGGAAGAGGAGGAGUUGGACCUGGGGACUUGUAAUUUGUAAAAAGAUGUUGACAAAUGUUUAUUUAAAUAAAGUUCUCUUUAUCCCUUGGGACACCAUCUGUCUCCAUCCCAGAAGAUGCCGCCACCGACGCGUCGGGCGGUUGGAGAAGAAAGCGCCCGCUCCUGCCGGCCGGGUGUGGCAGGGGAGGCCGAGCGCACCGGCCGAGGACAGCGCCCGUCCAGCUUCGAGGGCAAGGACCGACGGCUCAACGCUCGCCCAGAGGGGAGGAACUGCCAGGGACGGUGGCCCCGGCCGGUGGUUCCGGGUCUUGCAGCUGCGAGGGGAAGAGCGGGCCCCCUUUUAAGGCCCUGCUGGAGGGGGCAACGCCUGGAGGCCCCUCGCGUCGCCGCUCCUUUUCCAGAGGGUGAACCGUCAGCGCGGGGCUUGAGCGGGCAGCGUGGGGCGUGCCCCUCGCCACCAGGGUCCAGUGGGGCUCUAGGUCGGCUCAUCCUGAGACAGGAGCCGCCUGGGCCCGCCGGCGGCGGCGGCUGCUUCCCUCACAUGGGUGCAAUCACGUUCUCUUGCCCUCCUUCAGUCACUGCUGGCGGCAGAAGACUCAGCACCAAAGCUGCGAAUGGAUGCAGCCGGGGACGGACGGCAUGGCUCUCCGCGGCUGGGCCUUGCCAGCGGCAGCGCCCAGUUGGGAGGUUCUGUGGCCGGAGCCUCUGCUUUGGCCACGGAUGCUUCCUUCUCUCUCUCCCCGGCCCCUUCAGUGGCAUGUAGGUGCAUUUCCCAGUGGGGCUCCCAGUCAACUGCCAGGCAGGCAGAAAUCUCGACGCUCCUUCCCAGGCCUCCACCGUCGGCCCUUCCUUUCUUUUUUUAUUUUCCCCUCCUCUUUUGCAGCUCUCGGUUGGCCAGGGACCCAGCGGCUCUGCUUUCCUGAUGACUCGGGCCAAGUUUACUUGUGUGUCCGCAGCAGCAUCAGAACACAGCCAGCGGGAAAGCGGCCAUCAGUGGGAAGAGAAAACUGGCAGAGGGCGAGGCUUAAUCCUGCCCUGCAAGGUCUGCACCUCUGGCCCCUUGAAAGCCGGAACCUUGUGACGAGACGGAAUGGAGCCUUCCUGUUCAGGGACGGCAGGAACAGUGGCUGCCUCGAAAGCCCUGUGGCUGGCUGGCUGGCUGGGUGCGGCAGACCGUGAUCUGUGCUCUGUCGGAGCAGCCCUCUUGCCCAGUCCAGGGGCUGAGGACCGUGUGGCCCUCUGGAUGGGGUUGAACUGUACCUUUGUCAGCCCCCGGGCGGGUGAGAGGCCGCGAGCAACUCUUGGCCCCAUCAGGGAGACCUCCUGCGAGGACCCCUCUCCCUGCCGGCCCAUCUCUGCGUGGCUGGCGUUGUCCCGUGUAUCACAAACACAGUGCUCAUUUGCUCCACCUUGGGGGCCCCCCCACGUGUGUUCUCCCAGCUGGAGUGGUGGACAGUGGAAAGGGAGGGGGGGUCUGGGGCCUGCCAUGACCCAGUCUCUGUGUGUGAGGGGAAGAGGAACUGACCAGGAGCGAUGGGUCCUGAGCCGGUCUGUGGCUCGGAGGGCGGGGUGGGCGCUUCAGUGGCUGUUACAUGGAUCUUUUUACAACCUCGUCUCAAGACAAUAAAAAGAGGGACAAUGUUGUCA